GCUAUUUAGCUCCGAUCCAUUCCCGGUGUCUCCGUCCCAGGAUCUCGGGAACACUGACGUCAUGAACGACUUCGAGGCGUCCGAGGAGCACAACAUGGAGCACAAAUCGAUGAAAUCGCCCGAGUUCGACAUUGUCUUCAUCGGAUAUGGUUUCACAAGUUUGGGCAUCGCAUGGGCUCUCAAGCAAAAAGAUGCUUCACUCAAGAUGGCCUUUGUGUCUGAGGAAAAGCCAGGAGGGCUUUGGUGGGAUGCUGACAAUGUCAAGUUGCACAUUCCAAAUCCCAACAUAUCGCUAUGCUCUCCCGGGCUACCCUACGAUGAGCCCGAGUGCCACACAGAUUCCUUCCAGCGAGCGCGGCAAUAUGCGUGGGGGAAGUGCUGAGGGUUGCUGAGGAGGGGAAGCUGAAGAAAGUCUCGUACAUGCCGAUGUCGAACAUGCAGCACAUUCUCUGCAUGUGGUGCAGGCCACUGGCUUUGAUGGCUGCGGAAUCCUCAUUUGUUGGGCGUUCCAUUAGAGAUACACUCCAGUCACCUUAGGAGGCAAGCUGGUCAGGAGUGGGAAGUUUUCUCCCUGCAGCUCGGCUGCUUCAGGGAAACACGCUGCGCUGAAGACUUGGACUCUUGGGAUUGGUGGGUCAUGGUGGGUCCAAAUUGCGUGAGGCAUCAUCCCACUUUAUCCCACUUUCAGAUGUGAUGAACCUCUUGCAUGCCGGUGUUCAGGGUGCUAGUCACUGCUAGUCGCUUCAAGUUUAUGAAAGUGGAUGGCACAGCUGUGAGGCAUUUCCAGGUGAAAAGUUCGAUUGCGUGGUGUCUUGUACUGGCUACAAUCGGCUAGAAGGGCUCCCCCAAGCUUUUGCCGCAUUGCAUCAAUGCCACCACUCCACACCACUCCCAUUUCAGACACGCACAUGCACCAGGCCCACAUGACAGGGUGCUUGUUGCACAGCUUCAUGGAUGAUGACGAGAAAGUGGCAAGCUGGAAUGCACUUGCAAGCCACAGGUCAGAGUAUCAGUGGCACCAACGCUAUGCUCAUGUCCGCCAGUGGUGCUCAAAGCACGCCCGUCGUUAUUGAAGCGAGGAUGGAGCUGAAUCAGAGUAGGUCGGCUUGCCAAGUCUUGAAGGAUGGCAGUGUGAGGAUGUCUCAUUGGUCUUCCCAUGGUCUUCCCUAAUGAUGGUGUCUGCUUUGGAGAAGCUGGAGCAGCUCUUGAUUUCGUGCAAGGUGGCCAUCCGCCUGAUGUGGUUUGCUGCGCCUCGGUCCUUCAGUCGGGCCAUGCUGCGGGUAUCAGGCGUCUGAGUGGCGGCCAGGUUGACAAUUUGUCCACUUCCCCAAGCACCUUGCUGGUGUUUGAUGUUUGAAACGUUUUGACACUUUGAGGGAUUUGAGGGCCCUGCAUUUCUC